AUGUCCGUGGAACCACAACUUGCGAGAGACGAGCGCCUGCUAGUCACGCUUCGGAGUGGCGGAACCGCCAAUCCGACUAUUAUUGACGUCGUGUCGGUUUGCGCGCUGUUCAUAGCCGACCACCUCGACGCAGCCUCUGUUCGUCGUCUGAGCCUUGCUUCCCGCGCGCUCCACCACUUGCUCAAGGACGACGACUUGCUCUGGCGAAGAGUUUUCGAUAGCUCUUCGACGGUCCCGCCGGCUGGUCCCUCGCCUGAUGCGGGUACCCUUGGAUACCUCACUCCUAGCGUCGGCGCACCGCGCAUCCCGGCAGCGCAGGUCGACCGCCUAGAAAAGCAGUACGAGCUGCCGUUCUUCGACCCCCCGUGCAACUGGUAUCGACAUGCCGUUGGGGCCGAGCUUUUUCUGGGCAGGUGGUCGGAAAAGUCGCCGGUACAAGUACGAAGCCGGCUGGUGGACGUCUGGCCGGACGUUGAUGAAUACGCGACUCGAUACGUCGUAGUGUUUCAAGAUCGCGAUCGAGUCAUCACCUAUGUUCCAGGCGGUCCUGUCAACUUGAUGGAGCGGAGGCUGGCGGCGCAGAAAACGCAACUCCUUGACAAUAUGGGGUUGUACGCAAGCAGUCUUUCUUUCGCCGCCAGCGACACGUAUAUUGUCAUGGUUAUCGAGGGCCAGGAUCCUGCUCCCGCGGACUUGGAUGCAGCGUUGUUCACAGGCCCACGCUUUCAUGAUCAGACAAAGACAUCGGAAUGCAGUGAUCGGACUCGCACUCCCUCUCUCUCACUCGCACUGACAAUCGUACUUCCUUCUUUCUAUAUCGUUUGGAGUGCCCAAGCUCCUUACAAGCACCUGUGGACAAUCAAGGUGAUGCGGGAGUUCGAAUGGGACUUGCCCAUUAUGGCGGCAAAGGGGGUGAUAUCGGGGCACCAUUUCAUUGCGCCGGGCAGAAAUGACGAGUUGCGGUUGUUCAACCUUCGCACUGGGUACUGGAUCAAAGAUCUUGAUCUGCACUCCCAUGGCAUUCUUAUUUUCCCUUUGGCGGAUAGGGGUCACUUCGGCGUCGUAAGGAAUGGUGACAAGAUACUCAAUGAUGCCGAACAAGAAGAAUCCGGGCCCAUCGCCACGGCCGACCGGCGAUCCCUCGACUUCGUUGACGGCACAAUAGAGAUGGUAGUUCAAACCGAGGAGCGCCUUCUCAUCUAUGGACCGCAUGGAACGGCCGACUAUCACACGGACGACUAUGACUAUCCCGACGAAUUCUCAUCCUUCGUAUCUUGCAUCAGCAAACACACUCGUCAGAAGCAAUGGUUUGCGAAAAACCCCCCCUGGAACGUACCCCCGCCAGAGCACAGCGGAAAUCUCGCCUUCUUCUCGGGCGUAGACUCGGACCUAGGCCUCGUGCAAGUGAUGGACGUUAGCGACGGGUCCGUCUCGCAGUUAUUGCGUUUCCCCGUUCGUUCAAGCCGCAGCAGCUGGAUCGAAGGUGCAGAAGCUGCGUGCGAUCCAUACUAUCGCUUCGCGAUGGCGAUCGUCGCGGAUGCGUACUUGGUCAUCUGCACCCAUACCGCAGUGCGAAUCUAUCUCAUCUGCGAGAAGCAGUUAUGCUUCCUAUGCCAAGUGGAUUAUGCAAAGGAUCCUGUCGGAGCGUCCGAAUUGCGUGGGGAAGUUGAUUUGGGGGAGGUUAUCUCGUUGUGCGGGAUUGCGGUGUUGCGAGAAUUACCCGCACUGGUAGCGAAAAUUAGCGCCUUCACAGCGCCGGGGAAGCGAAGAGUAUCUCAAGUUCGAUUUGUUGCAUUCAAGAUAGCGCUCAAGCCUCAUGUGCAAAGUCCGAUUCGCAUCAAGUCCGAUUCGCAGUCCGAUUUUCCUGGGGCCGUGGGAACAGGGCUCGACUUUCCCAAUGCUUGCUACGGACGUGAAGGAUGGCGCACCGAGAGAAGCGACCAGCUGUGGCGGUCGAACCAGUCGUCGUCCGGCCUGAAUCAUACCGCAGCGACUGAAUCUCAGGGCACUGAGAUCGAAAUCCUGGAAGCGGACAUCGCCACCAUGAAGGCCGAAACGGAAGGUCGAGCAGAUCGCGCACCGGAGGUCAGCGAUCCGCCGGAUCAGAUAAAUCGGCAGGCCGUGAACACCGUCCAAGGAGUAGAGCCGCGAAAGAUGCUCUACUCUCCGCACACUAUCCCAAUGCAAUCAGGGACACGAUCGAAUAUGCGGCGUCGAGGCUCGCUCUAA